AUGCCUAAAUCUGUAUAACAUAUAGUUCCCUAUAUAUAAAAAAUUUGGAAAUCAAUAACAUAUUGGAUUUUUUGUGAGUUAUCAUGCAUUAAUUAAAAAUAAUUUAGUUGGCUUAACAUUUUUAUUAACUAAAUAGGAAUAAUAAUUUAAAAUCUGAUUAAAACUCAAGAAGCCUUUAUUGGAAUAAGCAACUAAUUUUAUUAUUUCCCCUCUAAGAAUAUAAUAAAAUUAGAUAUAGAAAGGAGAGAAUCAUAUCAAAAUGAAGACUUUUACUUUUAGACUCUACUCGUACUUCUUGGAGGAUGGAGUAUUCAUACCUAUAGAAACGUCAUUUUUCAAAUUAUUGCUAAAUGA